UAUAAACUUGAUUGUCAGUUAGAAUCGAGUACAUUUCGUAGUUCAAUUGUUUUUAAUCUUCUUUCUUUCUCUUUAAUUUAUUUUUGUUAACAAUCAUAUUCCAUUAAUUAAUAUAAAUAUCUGUCUUACAUAGUCGUAUCGUACAUAAUAAUUAUUUGUUAAAGUAAAAUAAAUUAGAAUGAUUGCGGCAAGCAGAGUAAACUUAUUCAAUGGUCACAUUACCGAAAUUAAUACCUCUGAAAGUGCUGAAAUUGUAUUUGUACUUAAUGACAACCUGCAAAAAGCAUAUCUGUGUAAACAAGUAUAUUUUUACAAUGCUCGAUUAAUACCAGAAGAGGAUCCUUUGAAUAAAUACGUUUUUACCAACAUGGAGGUAACUUUUGUUUGCAAUAAUGUACGAAUAAGUGAAAUGAUUUCCAAAUGGGUAGUAAUUAUGUGUUGGCCGAAAAAACAUAGCCUUGGAGAUAAAGUUGAUAUAAAAGCAGGAAUGAUUGGUAUUUCAGGAUAUAUAUUUAAUUUAGAAGAUAAACAAGGAAUUCUGCGCACAGUAGAAUAUAAUCAGAAAUUGAAAAUAUUUUUUACGUUAGACAAGUUCUUUUUACAUGAUAAAAACUUAUCCUCCCAUCCAACAUUGAUACAUCAGUUAAAUUCAGAGACUAUGGUACAUUUUGAUGCUAUGCCUUGCAUACCCAAAGAAAAUAAAUAUAAUUGCGAAUGGUGCGCUACUUGUGUAUACAUAGGACCAAAACCAAUCAUGGAAAAUAUUAUGUUGGAAUCGACUAAUGAAAUCGCUACGCAAGUUCUGCAAGUUAUUCAUAAUAAUUUCAUCAAUCCAUUAUGUGUAUAUGUCAUCGGCAAAGGAAAAUUUUUUAGGAGUAUUGACGAUGAGUUUGGCUUGAUAUUAGCUCAAUUUCAAGAUAAUCUUUUCAAGGAAAUACUAUUUCAUAAAAAGAACGCUUACGUCUUUAAUAUAUGCAUGGCCAAUGAAAAAUUAUCCGACAUUUUUAAGAAAGGAGAUAAAAUGCAUUUUAUCGCAAUUGCAGCUGAAGUAGAUAAGUUUAUAGAUUGGAUCGCUGUACAUGUAUCUGUUUGUGACUAUGGAGAAUAAAUCCAUUUCAAAGCACAAACUUUGCCAGGAGAUUAUACAUCAAUGAUUAGAAGAAAUAGGUUUGUAAUAAUAUUGCCAAAAAUCAAAGUAUUUUCUAAAACCAAAGUUAUUUUUAGACUUACUAUAUAAUUUAUAUAUAUAUAUAAUAUUAAUAAUAUAAGGAAGGUACGACGUAAUGCUAAUGCAUUUAACAAAAUCUUAUUUUUGUUUUUCUAAAUGGAGACUAAACGAUUAUAUACUACGACCUGUUAUGUGUACAUA